AUGUCAGAUUAUCUAAGUAUUUUGCCUACUAAAUUAAUCGAAUAUAUUUUCGAUUAUCUUUCCAUCUUUGAUAUUCUUUCAUCAAUAUAUUUCGUCAAUAAACGUCUUUAUUCUAUUUGUCUCAUCUAUUCUCAUUUUCGACUUGAUUUUAAUUGUAUAGCUAAAAAGAAAAAACAAUUUGAAUUUAUUUGUAAUCAAUUACCUAAUCUGGCAUCACGCAUCUUUUCAUUAGACUUUGAAGAUGAUGAUAAUCGAAUAACAAAUGCAAAAUUCAAUCGUUUUUUUUCUUCGAUUACUAUGAAUAAUAUUUUUUCAAAUUUAUAUUCAGUUACAUUGAAUAAUAUCGAUUCAAAGAUGUGGAAUUUGAUUCGAACUCGAUUAUCAUUAUUUAUAUCAUUAAAAUCAAUAACUAUGAAUUCUAUCUGUGAUUUAAAAAAAUCGACACCAAUAUUAGUGUCACUUAUUUUUCAUGAUAUUCUAUUUACUGUUAAAUCAUUGAAACAUCUAUAUCUUCACGCAUUAUGCUGUGGAAAUGAAAUAAUAACCAUUUCAUCAUCUUCUUUAAUACAAACAUUGACUAUUGAGAGUCUAACAGUAAAAGGUAUUGCAAUUAAUCUACGUGAAAUUUUUUCGAUUGCACCAAUGUUACGUCAACUCGAUACGGAAUUAAUUAAAACUCAAUUUAAUGAUAUGAACAUGAUUUUUCAAUCAUCUAUUUAUUUACAAAAACUAUCCAUUACUAGCGGUUCUAUGACUAUGUUCAAAAUAAAACAUUUACUCUCAUCAAUGAUCUGUCUUACUCAUCUUAGUCUUGAUGUCUAUGUUGUAGAUAAUAAUAUGAUUAAUGGCAAUGCAUGGAUACCACUAAUGACUCGAAUAGUUAUAUUUCAAUUCAUAUUUAAAAUUUCAAACGAUAUUAAUAUCGAUCUUGAUUCAUUUCGUACUCAAUUUUGGCUUGAAGAAAAAAAGUGGUAUUGUCCAUAUGUAUAUGGGAAGAAAACAUUAAUAGAAUCAACUGGAUUAGAACCAACAACAUAUCCAUAUGCAAAAAAUCUCUUUUUUAAUACUGAAUUAUCAAUGCCAGAAAUAUAUUUACGUCGAAUGACUUAUGCUGAUACAUUAAUCAUCGAAAAUAAUUUUAACAAUUCACUUGAAUAUAUCACCAGUUUUAUCGAUUUAUCACGAAUCACUAAUUUCAUACAAAGGGGAUUGGAAACAAAAGUGUUAAAUAAUAAAUUUGUAGAAAUUCUUUAUAAUCUUCCACAUUUACGUUCACUUGGUUUAUAUUUUUCAACUCUCAUCUCACUUUUUGAUCGACAUUGGCCACGAAUUAUUAAUCUUAACAUGAACUUUGAUCCAGAUGAUCAAAUUGAAUCAUUAUCAUCAAAGCAAAUUGAUGCCCUUUGGUUUUCGUUUACUCAGUUAGAACAGUUAAGUUUUGAUUGUCGAAGUGUUCGAAAUCUAUCAAAAUUAUUCAAUACAAUGACAAUGACGUUAUCGAAUAUAUGCAUUUGUCAUUAUGGUUAUAGAAAUAAUUUAAAUCGUCAAAUGGUAACACGUCAAUGGCUUGAACAAAAUACAGAAUUACGUCACUUUGAAUAUUUUCAAAAUGAUGAAAAAGUUUAUAUAUGGCUUUAG